AUGGGGGGCGCGGCAAGCGGGUACUCGGCCCCGGCCACAGCCGCCAUCGCCGCCACCAUCACCUUCCUGGUGCUGUUCACCAUCGCGGGCAACGCGCUGGUGAUCCUGGCCGUGCUGAGCAGCCGCGCGCUGCGGGCGCCGCAGAACCUGUUCCUGGUGUCGCUGGCGGCCGCCGACAUCCUGGUGGCCACGCUCAUCAUCCCCUUCUCGCUGGCCAACGAGCUCCUGGGCUACUGGUACUUCGAGCAGACGUGGUGCGAGAUCUACCUGGCGCUGGACGUUCUGUUCUGCACCUCGUCCAUCGUGCACCUCUGUGCCAUCAGCCUGGACCGGUACUGGGCCGUGAGCCGCGCCGUGCCGUACGGCGCCCAGCGCACGCCACGCCGCGUCAAGUGCGGCAUCGUGGCCGUCUGGACCAUCGCCGCGCUCAUCUCCCUCCCGCCGCUGGUCUACAAGGGGGGCGAGAAGGCGGCGGCGCCGGGGGGGCGGCCGCAGUGCAAGCUGAACGAGGAGGCCUGGUACGUGCUCUCCUCCAGCGUCGGCUCCUUCUUCGCCCCGUGUCUCAUCAUGAUCCUCGUCUACUUGCGCAUCUACCUGAUCGCCAAGCGCCGCUCGCGCUGCCGAACCGCCAAACCGCCGCGCUCGGGGACGCCGAACGUCACCCCCGCGCCCGGCGCCGAGCCCGCGGCGACCCGCCCGCUGGCCGACAGGACGUCGCUGCUGAGCCCCGAGGAGCCCCCGGUGACCACCGGCCCCACGGCCCCGCAGCCCGGGGGCCGCCCCAGGGACACUUUGGCCACCAGGACGGGGCGGGUGGUGCUGGCGCGGCGGGCGCCGGCGUUGAACGCGUGGCGGAGGAAAACGCAGCUGAACCGCGAGAAGCGCUUCACUUUUGUCCUGGCCGUGGUCAUCGGCGUCUUCGUCCUCUGCUGGUUCCCCUUCUUCUUCCUCUACAGCCUGGGCGCGCUCUGUCCCCAGCACUGCAAGGUCCCCGACGGCGUCUUCCAGUUCUUCUUCUGGAUCGGCUACUGCAACAGCUCCCUCAACCCCGUCAUCUACACCGCGUUCAACCAGGACUUCCGCCGGGCGUUCCGCCGCCUGCUCUGCCGCCGCCGCGCCCCGACGCCCUGGUGAGGGGCUCCAGCACCCCCGUCCUCCUCCUCCUCCCCCUCCGCAUCCCGGGGUUCAGGGGUUUUGAAGUCCCCCCCGCAAAAGGGACAACAGGUUGUUUUCCCCACCCCGCCUGCUCAUGCCGGAUUUCCCAUGGGGACACCCAGCGCCGCAUGGUCCCACGGUGUGGGGACACCCUGGUGACAUCCCAGUGACCCUCCCCACACACCCCCCGUGGCCUUUUAACAAUAAAAGAUAUUUUGUAAUAGGAAAA